UAAUGGCUGAUAGUAGCAUUUCUGAAUCUUCUGAAUCAUUCGACCCAAUGAGAUCUCGAGUUAAUGAAUUCGUAUAUUACAAACAGCAAAAGGAAAUCAGAGAAAAACAUAAGGAAGAGAAAAAAAGAAACCCAAGAUUAAUGGAUUACACCGCUGGUGCCAAGAACUCUCAAAAUUCAAAAUAAGAAUCCUGCUGAUGACCUUGAUAGAAAGAUGCACCUGGGCAACCACUACGAGCAAGGGCAGAAUCAACCAAAAGGAUUAAAACAAAGUGAUAAAUUAGGAGGCGAUUUAGCUAAAAGUGAUGAAAUGGAAAGAAUGACACCUGAAGAAAGAAAAGAAGCCUACAGGUUUAUAGAAGAAGACUUUCUCAAGCAUCAAGAAAUAUUUAAAAAUAUCAAAGAAUAUGAUACAGAUAUGGGUAUUAACCUUCCCUUGUCAUCUUCUGGGUGAAAUUCUAGAAAUUGUAAAUGAAGGAGGUCAAUAUACAACUCUAGAGUUCUCCAGAAGCCUUAAUCAUACCCUUGCUUCGGUAAUCAUUAUCUCUCUUAACUUACAACCUUAGAACGUUGAAAAGAGAUUAUACUAACAUUUUACUACACUUUCAGUGAUCCUAAGAAUGUUCCAAUUUUGUU